AUGUCCAAGCCCACCGACCAUAUCAAGAGACCCAUGAAUGCUUUCAUGGUAUGGUCCCGGGGCCAAAGAAGGAAGAUGGCCCAGGAGAACCCCAAGAUGCAUAACUCGGAGAUCAGCAAACGUCUAGGGGCCGAGUGGAAACUGCUCUCCGAAGCAGAGAAGCGCCCCUACAUCGAUGAGGCCAAGAGGCUUCGCGCCCAGCACAUGAAGGAACACCCGGACUACAAGUAUCGGCCGCGACGUAAGCCCAAGAACCUGCUCAAGAAGGACAGGUACGUCUUCCCUUUACCUUACCUCGGAGAAACUGAUCCCCUCAAGGCAGCCGGACUGCCCGUGGGGACCACGGACAGUCUCCUCGGCUCUCCCGAGAAAGCCAGGGCGUUCCUGCCCCCCACCUCGGCACCUUACUCCCUCCUGGACCCCAGUCAGUUUAGUUCCAGCGCCAUCCAGAAGAUGACUGAGGUCCCUCACACCUUGGCGACCAGCACUCUGCCCUACGCGUCCACCUUGGGCUACCAAAAUGGGGCUUUCGGCAGUCUCAGUUGCCCCAGUCAGCACACCCAUACCCACCCGUCCCCUACCAACCCGGGCUACGUGGUGCCCUGUAACUGUACUGCCUGGUCGGCGUCCAGUUUGCAGCCCCCAGUUGCCUACAUCCUCUUCCCCGGCAUGACCAAGACUGGAAUAGACCCUUACUCUUCAGCCCACGCGACGGCCAUGUAA